AUGGUACUCCCUUCCGGCCACGAAGAAUAUUCAAGGCUGCGCCAAAUGUCCCAACCUAGCAGUGAGCAACCCAGUUACAACCCUGGAACUUCUGCUAUGCAACCACCUGCGUCUACGAUCGGUCAUCCACCUGUAUACUCUACAGAUUGGUCUCUUCGCGACCCUUCUAUGGGCUAUGUCUCUGCGGCUCUUGACCCCAACUUGACUAUGCAUACCAUAGAACCUACCCUCCCGGUCGGACAGCCGCUUGUACACUCAACGGGUUGGCCUUCUUACGGCUCUUCUAUGAGCCAUGCCUCCGCAUCGUUUGAGACCAACUACAAUAUUCAUACCGCCACAGCAGGACCUCUUCCUGCAGUGAACGAUUUGUAUCAGAACUACACACAGUCUUUCUCGACUGGGCAGUCUAGAGCCACCGAGGCUGAAUUCGAAGACCAUCUCAAUCCCGAUCAAACCACAAUCCAGAUCCAGUCUUCGGCACCGAGUCACUCUACCCAAGAGAGAUGUUCGCCAAACAAGCUCAACGCUAAAGUUGUUAAUGUGGAAGCAACUUCUGCUCAUGGUAAAGUCCAAAAAAAGGAGUGA